AUGUCAAGGAAACUUUGGAUUGCCUUGUGGAUUUUGAUACUUUUCGAAGGAACUUUAGCUAUCAAAAGCGAUAUUAAUCAGCAAAAAUUAGAUAACAACCAAAUCUUCGUUCAAUUAUCUCAAGAAGAAACUGCUGGAGAAAGCACUGGAGAGACCACGACUGCUGAGUCUGAAGAAUAUGCUUCAACUGAGGAGCAAACUGCUGAGGAGUCAUCAGUUGAUACGAGUACAGAAGAAGAAAGUGAGGAUUCUAGUACUUUUACAGAAACAACCUCAGAAGAGACCUCAACUGAAGAAAGCGCUGCUGAAUCUCAAGAAGAGACUGCCGCUGAAGAGAGCUCUGAAACUCAAGAAGAGGCUGCAAGUGAAGAAGAAGCAGCUCAAAGCUCUGAAACCCAAGAAGAGGCUGCAAGUGAAGAAGAAGCAGCUCAAAGCUCUGAAGCCCAAGAAGAGGCUGCAAGUGAAGAAGAAGCAGCUCAAAGCUCUGAAACUCAAGAAGAGGCAGCAAGCGAAGAAGAAGCAGCUCAAAGCUCUGAAACUCAAGAAGAGGCCGCAAGUGAAGAAGAAGCAGCUCAAAGCUCUGAAACCCAAGAAGAGGCUGUAAGCGAAGAAGAAGCAGCUCAAAGCUCUGAAACCCAAGAAGAGGCUGCAAGUGAAGAAGAAGCAGCUCAAAGCUCUGAAACUCAAGAAGAGGCUGCAACUGAAGAAGAAGCAGCUCAAAGCUCUGAAACUCAAGAAGAGGCUGCAACUGAAGAAGAAGCAGCUCAAAGCUCUGAAACUCAAGAAGAGGCCACUGAAGAAGCUGAAGAAGACGUUGAUGAAGAUGAAGAUGAAGAUGAGGAUGAAGAUGAAGAAGAGGAUGAAGAUGAAGAUGAAGAUGAAGUAGAUGUUGAUGAAACCUCUGAAGAAUAUGAAGAAACUGCCGAAGAAUAUGAAGAAGCUGCCGAAGAAGCUGCUGAAGAAGCUGCUGAAGAGGACGUUGAUGAGGAUGAGGAUGAGGAUGAAGAUGAGGACGAAGAUGAAGUUGAAGUUGAAGGGUCCUUGACUCAAACAGAAACAUAAUGAAAAUAUGGCGUCUUCGUCUGGGUAUGGGCCCCCGGCCAUACAUACUCGACUCAUAUUUUAAUUAUAUCCGGCAAGGUUUUGCCAUUCCAGAAAUGGGCAACAAUGCCAUGGUAAGCAAUUCUACAGAGUAGAGCCUGGCACAUGCCCAACGACUAGAAUGGAUUUUCUCCUCGAGAGGAAAGGAUGUCCAAGCUUGGAAAGGGUAAGCCCAGCAGAGCCUACAGGCAAUGCCUAGACCAAUCGGCAACUACCUAGCGUUAAACUGGCCGUUACGCCGCAGGACUUGGAAUUUACCUUUUUGCCGAAAGGUGACCAGAAAUUCCAUUUUUUGGAAUUUCGGAAAGCCACUCCUGUAACUCAUGCAGCAGCCGCAUGAAUCCAUAGCCCGGCCACUCAAGACUUAAGCCGCAGCACGCUGUGGAAGGAGUAGACGUUUUUCCCUUUGGCAAGCCUUUAUGGCUUGUUGGGAAUACGUCGCAAAGCAGGUGAACCUCACAUCGAGGUCCUUGGUGUCUGCGUUAACAACACGGCAGCCGCCUCAUUAAUGUAAUUUAAGAUUAAGACUCAAACAGAAAUAUCAGACGAGGAUGAAGAUGAAGAAGCAGAACCAACAGCAACUUAUAUCCCAACCGCAGAAACAGAAGAAGAAUCUGAAGCUGCUGAAGAGGAAGAAGAUAGCGCACAAUACGACGAAGACGUUGCUGAAAGCAUGGAAGACACCCAAGACGAAAUCGAAGAUGAAAAUGAAGAAGACGCCGAUGAAAAAAUGAACGAUGUUGACGAAUUAGAUGAAGCAAUUGACGAGCUUGAAGAUGUCAGCGGUGAAAACUCUGAAAAUGGCUAUGUUAUGCUUGAUGAAGACACCUUAGAAGAUGUAAACGAAGCCUACCAAGAAAUCCUCUGGAACCUCGACGAAAACUCCACAGUCGAAAUUAACGGCGAAAUCUAUACUUAUGACGACAUCCAAGCUGCAACUGAAAACACUGACAAACUGAUUGAAGACUUCGACGAAAACGACGCAGAAUACGUCACUUUCUCAGAGACGGGGCCACUUUAUUUAGAUGAAGACGAAGCAGAAACAGUCGAAGAGAUUAAUGAAGCCAACGAUGUCUUAGUCUCCACUGAAACAACAGUAACCCUUACCCUCGACGAUGUUGAAGAGUUAAUUGACUAUUAUACUGAAGCUGUCGCAGGCUUAGAAGAAGGCGAAACUAUGGACACUAUUGUAGGAGAAGACCAGACUGCUGAAGAAGUCAAUGAACUUAUUGUCAGUUUAGAAGACAUCAGUGAAGAUAUGGAUGACGGAGACCUUGUCACCAUUGACACAACCACCAUGACUUAUACCAUUUAUGAUGGCGAUAACAUUGAAGAAGGUGAAGAAGACAGAGAAGAACUCACUGACGAAGUCGCUGACUUGCAAGAAUACUAUGAUGAAACCCAAGAAGAAAUCGCUGAAGGACAAAUCGAAAAGACUGAAGACGACCUUGAAGAUUUAAUUGACGAUUUAGAAGAUGUCGACGAACUGUUAGAAGAAGGCGACACUGUCCUAGUGGGAGAAAAGACAUAUACACAAGAAGAUAUCCAAGGGCUUAUUCAAGACGCAGAAGCCUUAAUUGAUAAUCUUGACGAAGAAGACGCAGAGUCAGUUACUUAUAAUGUGGAAACCCAAACAGUUUCAUAUAUAAGUGAAGACCAGUAUGAGAUGGUAGAAGAUAUUGAAGAUGAAGGAUACUUGGUAAAUCAAGAAGUCAUUGAUACGGAUGAGGAUGAAGUCACUGAUGUUGAUGAAGUCGACACAGACGAGGUUGAUGUAGAUGAAGUCGAUGAAGCUGAUGUCGAUGAAGUUGACGAAGAUGAAGCUGACGUCGAUGAAGUUGACGAAGAUGAAGCUGAUGUCGAUGAAGUCGACGAAGAUGAAGCUGAUGUCGAUGAAGUUGACGAAGAUGAAGUUGAUGUCGAUGAAGUCGACGAAGAUGAAGCUGAUGUCGAUGAAGUUGACGAAGAUGAGGUUCAAGCAGAGUCCACAACUACCAAUAUUCUAGUCCCAACAGAAACUGGAGAAACAGAAGAUCUUGAUGAAGAUGAAGAAGAAGACCUAGAAGAACUAGAAGAUGCCGUUGACGAACUUGAAGAUAUCGAAAAUGAUGCAUAUGACGAAUAUGGCGAAGAUGUACAAAUCAUUGACGAAGAUACCCUUGAAGACGUAGCUGACGCCUAUGAAGUUAUCGUUGAAAACAUGGACCCUGAAUCGACUAUUGAAAUAAGUGGAGUAACUUACACUUAUGAAGAAAUCGAACAAGACUAUGCUGAAAUUGAACAAACUCUUGAAGAAAUUGAUGAAAAUGAUGCUGAUGCUAUCUUAAUUACUGAUGAUGACGAAAUUGUACUAGCUGACGAUGAUACUCUUGAUGAAGCUGAAGAAAUCCAAGAGGCAAAUGAAGUCCAAGCUUCUGAUGAAACCUACGUUCUUUUAGACUAUGAAGACGUCGAAGAGCUAUUAGACUGGCUUGAAGACGUAGAAUUAGAAGAAGGAGAAACAGUUAGCACAGUCCUUGGUGCCAACCUCACAGCUAGUGAUGUAGACGAGCUUCUUGUCAGCUUAGAAAACAUGCUUGAUGAUAUUGAAGAAGACGGUGACGACCUCGUCAAAGUCAACUUGUCAACAGGCACUUAUGAAAUCGCUGAAGGCGACUUUGUAGAAGAUGAAGCAGAUAGAAUUGAAGACCUCGAUGAAGAAGUCGAAGACUUAGAAGACGUUUAUAAUGAACAUCUUGAAGAUGGAACUACCAGCUCUCUUACUGAUGAAGAAGCUGAAGACUUACAAGAAGACUUAGAAGAUGUAUUAGACUUAAUGAGUGAAACAGAUACCAUCACAGUCGGAGAAUUGACCUUAGACUCUGAAGGUGUUGAAGCUCUCGUUGAUGACGUUGAUGAAUUAGUCAAAACUUAUGAUGAAAACGACGCAGUCGAAGCCAGCUACUCACUCCCCUUCCUCCGUGAGUGAAAAAAAAAUUUGUUCACUCACUGAGAGGGGUUAAUUUAUUUUUUAAAAAAUUUCUAUAAAUUUUAUAGAAAAAUUUUUUUUCGAAAUUUUUUUAAAAAAAAAUCCUUAUUUGCAAAAAUUGGGAAUCAAAUAUUAAUUUAAUUUAUAAAAUUUAUGUUUUAAAACGCAAUUUAAUUAAAAUUAAACAGAAUUAGCUCGAGAUUUCAUUAUACUAAUUAUCACUUAUAUAUCAAUUUUUUUUAAUAAAAAAAUUUUUGUACACUCACGGAGGGUGGGUUUUAGGGCAAAAAAACAGAUUUUUCCAAUGGUUCUGUUCACUUACGGAGGGGAAGUCAGAAAGCGCAACCUCUAUUGUCUACGCUGACGAAGAUGAAGCUGACCUUAAAGAUGAAACUGAAGAUCUUGAAGAAAUCUACAAUGAAUUCGCUGCCCAAGCUGAAACUGGCUAUAUUACUACCACUAUUGAGGAUUCUGAAGACAAAAUUGACGAAAUUGAAGACGUUCUUGACGUCCUCCCAGAAGACGGCACCAUAACCCUCGGCACCACUACAUUUACAGCAGCCGAUUUAGACGAAAAAAUAGAAGCCAAUGAAGACUUUAUUGAUGAACUUGAAGAUGAAGAUGCAGAAGGCGCCACCGUAAUCUUGGCAACUGGAGAAAAGGUUUAUCAUGAAGAAGACGAGCUUGACUUACAAGCUGAUUAUAAUGAUAUUAUAGACGAUCUAAUUUCAAAUGAAGAUGGCACAUUUACAAUGACUGAAGACACAGUGGACGAUUUCAUUGAGUUCUUAGAAGACGUCAUUGACUAUUUGGAUGAUAACGAUUUAGAGUAUAUCACUAUUAAUGGAUAUGAUGUCACAACUGAAGGAGCUGAAGCUUAUCUUGCUCUUUUAGAGGACUGGGCAGAUGAAAUAGAUGAUAGUGAUAGCAAUGCUGUUACAGUGAUCCCAAGCUCAAAUACCUUUAUGUAUGUUGAAGUUGAAGAAUAA